UGAAGUUCGCAGACCAGCUUCCGUGUUGUGACUUUUACACGUUCGGCGUUGCAGUCCUCACCAGAUUCGUCUGGCUUGGGGAUUAUUUUUGUUGUUGGUAGACACUAACGUCAGUUUGUCAAAAUGGCAUCCGUCAACAAUGUACCUCGUGACAUACAAGACAGCAUACGUGAGACUCUUGGGAAGAGAGUCAAGCUGUUCAUUAAACGUAUGGUCAAACAGGAAACAAAAGCUGAGAAAUGGGAACAAAGAGUAUUGGUUUUCUCAGGAUGCCGACUGUUUGUAUUCAUUCCAAAAACACCAGCCAGGCUGGAGAAUAACUUUAACUACCUGGACAUACAAGCUAUAGAAAGUAAAAAGCCAAACCAGUUAUCAGUGACUGUAGAUGGAAAGACGUACAAUUUUGUGACGCUGGAGGCGGAGACUGAGGAGGUGAAUCACAUGAUCACACACCUGGCAGUAUCCCUUCGUCACAUCUUUCCAGAUUUCACCAUAGAGAGGUUAAUAAAGAAAAUAGAUGUGUGCCCACCAGAACGUACAAAGAUGAUGACAGAUAUGACUAAAAACAUCUCCAAGGAGACUGGUCCAUGUGGAGGAUACACAAUGAUGUAUGCUUGUAUGUGUGACUACCACAGCCUACCCUUCAGGGCAGAGGUGGAAUGGGAUAUCGAUACAAUCUACUUGUCUCAAGACUCUAGGGAACUCUGCCUUCGUGACUUUGACCACUUAGAACCAAGAGAUCUUGUGCCUAUAAUAGGAGCGUUAGAACACAAUACCUGGUUUACAAAGCUAGAUGCCAAUGAUGUCAAGCUGACACUGGAUGCUCAAUUAGAAGUUUUCAAGGUGAUGAGAAGAAAUGCUGUGAUAAAAGAAUUGUGUCUAAGUAACUCAGGGAUAAACUCAGAUUUUGUUCAGAAGCUUUCAGUGGCUUUACUCUCCAACAGUUCAGCAUCACUACAUAGUAUAGAUCUGUCAAAAAACACAAUAGAUGACAAAGCUGUCAUCCACUUGAUUGGUUCACUGGGGAGUUUGUGUCGAGGUUUGAUUCACUUAGACAUCAGCCAUGCCAAGAUUACGGGGAGGGGACUGAACAAAGUAGCGGAGACCUUGUCACACAAUGCUGUGGUAGGAAGCAAACUUCUAAACCUCAGCCUGUCUGAUAAUCCAGCCAAGGGCGAGGAUCUUCAGAAGCUGUACCACUUCCUUGCCAGCCCGAACACACUCACACACUUGGACCUGUCUGGUGUAGACUGUGCCCUGGAAAAUCUGUGCGGGCCAUUACUGCGAGGCUGUUGUGCCACUCUCACACAUCUGAAUCUUGCAAGGAAUACCUUCUCGUACAAGAAAGUGAAAGAAAUAACAGCUCCACCAUCAUGGAAGCAGUUUUUUUCUAGCGUGUAUGAUCUGCAGCAUUUGGAUAUGUCUGGCUGUAAACUUCCUAAUGAACCACUCAGAGAGCUGCUGUUAGGGAUAGCGAGUAACAUACACGUGACUGGACUACACCUGGACCUCAGUAGUAACGAGCUGAUGUCACAGGGAGCCACAGUACUGGAAAGUUGUGUCGGCAAUAUCGCCUGUCUCCGAAGUCUGGACCUCAGCAACAAUGGUAUCGAACAAAAUCUCAUCAGUCUGUGCAACUGGAUCAGAAACAAUAGAGGAAUUAAAAACUUGGCUAUUGGCCGUAACUUUGACCACAUCAGACCCAGGAACCUGCCAAACGUCCUUGAUGCCAUUGUUCAGCUGAUUCAGGAUGAAGAUUAUCAAUUGGAGUCUCUGUCAUUGGCGGAUUCUAAGCUGAAGAGUAAUAUAUCAACAAUACUCAACGCUCUUGGCAGUAACCUUACAUUGGUGGAAAUUGACAUCAGCGGAAACCAAAUGGGAGACUUUGGAGCAAGGAUGUUGUCCAAGGCCUUACAAAUAAACACCAAACUGCGAUCUAUUCUGUGGGAUAAAAACUCUACCACUGUACAGGGGUUCGAAGAUGUCGCUGGAGCUCUGGAGAAAAAUUACACACUGAAGAAGAUGCCAACUCCAAUCAAUGAUGCUGGGUCGGCCCUGAAACAACAUCCAGAGAGGACAGAAACUGCUCUACAGAAGAUUGAGAUGUUACUUCAGAGAAACCAUAGUCCACAGAAAUAUUCUUCUGACCAGGGCUUCAGGAUGCAGCAGGGAUUUCUGGUCAGCUCUACCCAACAGAUGAUGGACAGAUUGGUGGUCCAGAACCAGGACACUGUUAACGCCCUUGACCGCGGUAACACAGAAGACUUUCAGUCUGAUAUGGACAUGGCCAGUAGUCUUAUCAAGGAUGCAGGGAACUCUAAACAGUUGUUACCACAGCUACAAGUCAUAGCCAACAAGUCACUGUCGACAGGUAACCCUGUGGAAGCCUGCCUCAAGGAAAUGUCGGACACACUGAGGCAGGUGUUGGAGAAACAUAUGAAGAAAACAGUUGAAGACAUGUUGGAAUGUACUGGUAGCCAGUGUUCUUCUGUUCUGGCUGAUAAGGAGGUGCUUUCUGACUUGGAAACAAAUUGUGGAGAAAAAAGUUCUCUUCCGAAAGAUUUUACCAAACAUAUCCUGGACAGUGUGGAGACAGAGAUAUUUAACAAACUAAGUGAGCUGAAUUUAGUGAUAGCUACCCACAUUUCUGAUAAAGUCAUGGAUGAAGUUAUAGAUACUCUGUCGUCAAGUCACAAAACACUGACAAACCACUUGAAUGUGAUGAAGAGCAGUACAUCUAUGAAAAGUCAGCGAGAGUCUAAGAAAGAAGAACUGGUAAGCAAGGAGGUAGAGGAGAAAUUAGAUGAAGGAAAGGAAAAACCAGAAAGUCAGGAAAAGAUAUCACUCAAGGUGGAUUCCUCACCAAUGAUCAGACUCUGGUGUGAAGGAACUGAUUUCAUCUCGGAUUCCCCAUUGAUUGACAGAAGGAAGAGUAAAAUUAACCGUAUGGUCCGACCCCCUACCGUCAUAGAUGCUGAGCAGGUACAAAAAGCUUUACAAAUGCACAACCAAAAAUUGGAAGCCACUGCUGAAAUUUCUCCUCCCAAAGGUGAACAUGUUGACCCUAUACAAACAACCCCAAAGGUUACACCAGUCACCACCCCUCAGACCACACCCACAUUGGCUGGUCCCUCCCCAGAAUCCACCCCUACUUCACAUGAUCCUGUUCCCAAGCCUCGGAUCAAGAGAAGGUCUGUGCUGUUAUCAGUCUCAGGAAAGUCUGAGAGUCAAGGUCAGGGUGUUGCCAAGCAACAGAGUGAAGGUCAGGGGGUUACCAAGCAACUGACCAGUCCAAGUAUUACAGUGGGAUCGACAGAAGACCUUGCCAACAACAGUCAACUCCACAAGACUGAAUCCAUUCCUGAAGAGCCGCCAAGCUCGCUGUCAUCUUCUGUCACAUCAGACACCAUUGACUUGGACAACUUCGGACAAAGUGGUCCAAAACUGUUAAAUCCCAACAAGGGUCGUGUCAAGAGGCAAAAGAACCAUCAGUCACGGCGACCAACUGCCACAGCAAAACUAGCAAUGAGUGAACCUCUUCAAGCUGACGAAGGUCUGGACAUGUUCUUCAACAGGCAAACCAUAAAGGAGAAUACAGUGACAACGCCAGUGGUAGAGGUCACACGUGGUCAGUCAAGUAAGUCAGCCUCAGAUGUCAAAGUUAAAAAGGAGAAGAGUCAAAAAGAUAAAGAUAAGGAGCCUAAGAGAUCAGGAUUUGCAGGUUUAUUUGGGAGAAAAAAGAAACCAUCCGUUGAUGAGUCUGCUAAAGCAGACAAGUCACCAGACCGCAGCAAGGCGAAGGGAUCCUCGCCAGACCGAUCAAGUUCAUCGAACAAGGGGGGAGGACUAUUUGAGAGGAACUCUAAAGUGAGACUGUCUCCUUUCAAGAAUAAAAAGGAUAAGAAGGCAGACAAAUCCCCAGAUAGGAACGGCAAGGCUGCGGAGGAGACCAAGGUGGAGAAACCUACAGAGGCAGAGAAGAAACCUGCUGAGACAGUGAAGGAAGUGUCUAGAGACCCUACACCGGAGCCACAGGUUGUCCGUGAGCCUUCUCCAGAACUCCAGGCCGAACCCAAGGCAGAAACCAAGGUGGAACCUAAGGCCGAACCCAAAGCUGAACCCAAGGCCGAACCUGAACCUGAGGUUAAGCAACCCAUGAAACCCAAGUUUGGCUAUGGCGGAGGAAAACCAAUGGGUUUCAGCGAGAAUAUGAUGCAACAGAUUCGACAGAACAAAAGAUUCUCCUCGAAUAAUGUAUUAGAUGACGAGGAAUCUCCAACAGCUACCUCGCCAGGCGGAGGAUCUACAGCAAGCUCCCCUUCACCUCAAACUAACGGAUCCCCCAAAACACCUGCAAUCGCAUCAAAACCAAGACCAGCCCCACGUAAUCGGCGCUCCGAGGCGGAAGAUACUCUAGGAGCAGGAGACAGGAAGUCAAUCGAUGGAAAGAGACCUCCUCCUCCUCUUCUUAAACCACGUCCACCGAAACCUCCAAACAAACCUGGGAGCUCACCCCGCACAAGUUCCAACCCGAGCUCUGUCAGCGAUGAUUCCUUGGAUGGAGAGAACAAAUCUUCAGAAGGUAACAAAACUGAGGAAGGUGUGGUAGUGGACUCCGCGACCCUGCGUUUGUCCGUGGAAGACAAAAUAAAGAAAAUGGGACUCACGACUGGUGCUCCACCCCCAGAGUUAAAGAAAAAGAGCAGUUCCCUCCCCCGGGACCAGUCUUUACCUAACAUAAGUAAAGAAAAAGAAAACUCAUUAGAAUGGAAACAUCGAUCAAUUCAUGAUCCUAUGAACGUAUCCACAACUUCAGAGGAGUUAUCUCCCAUCUCUGUGACUGAUGACAAAAGGUCAGAUUCCGCAGAGAAACUAUCGGUGAAUGGAGACAAAGAUAAAGACAAUAGGAAAGACUUAGACAAGGAAGAUGAUAACGGUAACAAGGCAGAGUUAUCUACUCCUGAUACAGAAGAUAAAAAAGGAAGUGCUGCGGAUGAUGUGAUCAUGGUAUAAUGCUAUGUUUUAUAAUAGAACCUAUCAAUAAGCUUCCCUCCACACUUAGCCAGAGACACCCCUUCUAAUACAAACUUAUAUAAGGAAUAUGAAGUGGGAACAAGGAAUUAAGUGUAUUUUUUUGUUUGUCCUGCCUCCAUGCAAAGGAUCAAACAGCUUAUUCUACUUUGAGCUCUCCAAGUCCUCGGAAACUGUGAAGUUUAGAGGUACGGAUAUUGUUCUAAUUAAUGUGAGGACUUUCAUGUUGUGAAUUUUAGUACUGCUGGAUACAGGUCUUCCAGAUACACUAUCACAUGGCUCCCAAAUAUCUCAGAUAGAAAUCUCCCCUCCUCAAAUCAAAAAGCAACAGCAUUGCUCCCCCCCUUCCCAAUUACUAGAUAAAUAUUUUUUUACCUCCUGCUUUAAAGUUUGACUAAGCCAUAUUUGUUUGAUAUGAACACAUGAAAGUUUUAUUUCUUGUAAAAUUCCAGUAUUACAUCUAAACUAUACAAAGUGCUUGAAUUUAUGAAUGGGCCUGAAAUAGUGUAAUACAAUUAAAAAAAAUAAGAUAUGUUACAAUUCAUGGAGGAAUUCCUUCCCUCAGUCUCAACAAGGGCAAUAAGGAAAAAGCUGGUUACAUUUGAAAAGCCAAGAAAGGCUAGAUAAUUCAUGAUCAGUUAGGCUCUUUGAGGCUUUCGACUUUCUGAAGCCAAGAGGAAGUAUAAUUGGUGUGAUAUUUUUAUUGCGUGACACGCACAUUUAAUGUAGAAAUGGUACUAAUACCUAUUAAAAAUUAUUGACAAACAAUACACAUCAUUAAAGUGAAAAUUAAAAUCAAAAUUUGGUUUACUGUGGUAUCUCUACUUAAUUUCAUGACAAAACAGACUUAAAACAUAAAUGUACUGAUACAAGAUGUGUGGGUAGUAAUACAAGAUGUCAAUGAGAUCAGUCGAAAUAUUAACCUGUUUUAAACUAUUGAUAUUAGGAAUUAAUUAAACAAAUUUAUUUAGAGGCAAUAGAUCAAAUUUUACUGCUGAAUUUUAGUAAAUUAAUUAGAGCAUGUUAAUGUCGGGAUGAGUUAGCACCACCCACAUUACUUACUGUAAAAUACAAUGUACUAAAACUACAAUUACCGAAAACAAAAUCUAGGCUUUUAAUACAAAUUAAAUCACUGAAAAUAAGAUAACCACUGAAAUAUGUAUGGUAACAGUAACCCUACGUUUAAUUGAUCACGGUUACUGUUUACAGCAAUCAAGUGCCUUCAUUGAUAUGUAACAUCACUCGAUGAGUGUUAGUCUAGAACUCGUGAUAAAAUAUGUACAGUAUCUGAUUAUCGAAACAGAUCAAUUUUUUCUACACUUCUGAAACUGUUAAAACCAAAGAUUUUGUUCUCCAGAUUAAUUCGGAUAUAGGGAAAUCUACUAUAGUCACACUUUGAUUUAGAGUAUGAUAUAGCUUCCAAUUAAGUACAUAUUGCUCCAUUUAAUCAAAUUAGAAUUAUAGUGCUUAUUUAUUAAAUACAUCUGCAUGCUUGCUUUAAUUCUUUGCUGUUAAAAUUUGUUAUGCUCACCUCUUAUUUGCGAAAAAUGUCUCAUUUUGGUGGAGAAUAAUUAAACUUAAAAGCUAUUUUUGACAUAUUUUAUAUGUAGUGAGAAACUUAUCACUCCCCAGGUUGGUGGGUAUAUUGUAGUUAAUCUAGUCCGGACGAAGACCAGAUAUUUCUGACAUGUAGAGGUAUGUAGGGCAGACAGAACCAAUUAACUUUUACAGGAGACCAAGAUUCUGCUGUUUAACAAGUUUGUAUAUAAUGUACUAUUUCUACGUGAUUUUGUAGAUAACAAACUAUUGCUGGUUUGUUUGUAUUAACUUGAUAUGAAUGUACAUACAUUGUAGUAUAAUCUUCACUUAUACAGAAAUUUUAUACAUUUUAUAAAGUAUGUAUCCCUGUCGGCCUAAUACCAUGUACGAAGCUUCAGGGCUGACCUGCCCUUUAUAAUUUUCAUUACCAGCACUAUGUGAGUCAGGUUACCAUCGAGUGUAUUUUAUUAUCGUUAUUAUUAUAUCAGUUUGAGGUAUUUAAGUUAUUUUGUCUUAAUGGCUGUGAAGAAGUCACAAAAGCAAGGCUAUAUAGUAUUACUUUUCUAAAGAAGUAUCCCCUGCACAGCUGAUGAUGAAUGAUACAGAUAUAUCAAAUUAACAGAGACCAGCUCUCCACUACCUGUCCUACAGUUACACACCUCUCCAUUACCAGUGGAGGUGAGGUGAAGGGCCCUUGCUGUCAUCAGUUGUAAAUAUUAAAAUACCAAUAAGACUAUUUUUAGGGGUGGAUUCUUUUUCAAUAUAUCAUACUCAACCAGAAAAAAUAGGUUUGAUAUAUUAUAUACAUUAGUUAAUGGUUAUAUACAGGAGAAAAUAAACAAAAUAGUUAGUGGUUAUUUACUGGGGAAAAUAUACAUAAGAUAGUUAGUGGUUAUCUACAGGGGAAAAUAUACAUAAAAUAGUUAGUGGUUAUCUACAGGGGAAAAUAUACAUAAAAUAGUUAGUGGUUAUCUACAGGUGAAAAUAUACAUAAAAUAGUUAGUGGUUAUCUACAGGGGAAAAUAUACAUAAAAUAGUUAGUGGUUAUCUACAGGGGAAAAUAUACAUAAAACUAAUAGCACGUAAAGUAAGUUAGUAGUAAUUAAAUUACUAAUUAAAUUAAAUUUACCUUGAAAAAUACCUAUGGAUCCUAGAUUUUUUGUAAUAUUGCUGUAAAGACUUAGACUGGAUUUGUUUGAAGUUCUUACUUCUCAGUAAAGAUACAUCUUUGAUUUAUAUUCAUGGAUUAAUGGAUACGGUAUCGAGAGGCGUCAAUAUUACCACUCUAGUAAUCAUCUGAAACAGAUAUAUGUAGCUGUUGUUAUGAGUGGAGCUGCUUACAUAGAUUGUAAAUCAUGUCACUGGUUAUAAAAAUAAGGUCAUUGUGUGAAAAAAACUUUUAUUACAGUAUUUAAAAUCUGUCAUAAAUAAUCUUGAUGUCAGUUUGAACCCAGACUUUACACAAUGCAGUCCACAUAGUCAACACAUACAUUAUGUAUAAAUGUAUUUGGUAUUUGUAUUUGAAAUUAAACAGAAAAUAAUAUAGCAUUCAUAGAUGUAUGUUACGACUGGCUUCCUGAAUUAGUGAAUAUUUCAUUUGUAAUGAUGAUAAAAAAUCUGGUGCACUAUUAUAAGAUUUUUUUAGGUAAAUAUUGCCAGCAGUGGACAAGCACAUUAAAGUCAUUUUGUUUUUGAUUUAUUUAGUAAAUAAAUAUAGAUACACAAUGUAUAUGAUAUAUUGUUUAAUCAGUAUAGUCACAAGUUAUAAUUUAAUUAUCCAAAUUUGGAAAUCAACAAGUUUAUUUAACACAGGUAUUUUGGGUUUUAUUGGUAUAAUGAAAACAAUUUGUUUGUAAUGAGAUCUUGUUAAUGUUUAUUAAAAGAGUUAUCUCCCUUAAGGAUAGCAAUAUUAUACCUGUUUGUUUCUUACAUGUGAUUUAUGCUACUUAUCAAGCUUUUUACUCUAAAUUUCACAAGUCAAUGUCUGAAAGAAUGCUAUUUUCUGAGAGUUUUUUUCAGGUACACUGUAUUUUUAGUUUGACAGCAUUAAUUUUAAUUUCCUAUUAUAAAUUUGCUGAAUAUAAGGUACCAUUCAGUGAAAUUGAUUUUCUGUUAGUAAGGUAGCAUAUAUCCUUAAGUACUAAAUAUAGCCAUAGACCAGUUCAAAUUGUUGACAUUCCUAUCUCUUGUCUAGCUGUUUCUGUGGAUUGGUACAUUGUAAUUUUGGAUGUUCGUUGUGAAAUAUUUUUCUUGUCAGGAUUUGAUUGAAUUUUGUAAAUUUAUUGCUUUAUCAUUAGUUUUGGUGAUGUUAUAUCAUAUUGUAUGACGGAUUUUGAAAUAAGGGCUCAGAAUUGUUUUUAGAUGUAGCAAUAUAUGUUAUUUUACAAUUCAACAAGUUAAUUGAUUAAUUUCAAAAAUGUACAUAUUUAUUAUAAUUAUGUCAGUAGAAAUAUACACAAGAAUAAUUAAAACCUUCCAAUAUUUAAUGAGUAAUCAAGAUAUGUUUCCAUGGUAUACUGUAAAUAUAUAAAAGAAAAAACCUGUUUGCAUGAAUCCACAAAAUAUUCAAAAAGAGGAAAAACCCAUACGUUUGCAGUGACUAAAACACUCGUGUGGUAGUUUAUAUUUUUUAUUUCUAAAUCAAACAACCGAAUUUUGUAUGCAAUUCUUAUUGUUCAUCAUUUAUUUUUGGCAAAAAAGUAACAGUGUUCACCUAGUUUUUGUGCCAUGUUGAUUUGAACAAUCCCAAUUUUUUUUUUUUCUUUUUUUUUCUUUUUUUUUUUUAUAAUGUAUUCAAAUUGGUCAACAUCAUUUUUAAGGUUUUAAUGCCCAGAAAUUGUAAUUUGAAUAUAAAGAACAAAGGACGGUACACAAUGAGGACGGAUACAUUGAUAACAAUUACAUCGAUCAUGUUGCUGCAAUUUUCUCACAUCUCAUUUGACAAUUAGUUAUAACACAUUGUUGUUUGUCACUUGUCAUUGUAUUCUAUCACUAUUAAAGAGUAAAGGUGCCAAAUACACAGUUAGCAAAGAAUUGUGUUCAAAAGCUGCAGAGCAGUUUUAUUUUAUUUUAUUUUUUCUAUAUAUAUAUAUAUUUUAAUCACUGCUUUAGAAUAUGGCCAUUACACUGAUUUUUCAUCAUUCAUGCAAUAUAGAUUAUACAUACAAAUAGCUUAUAAACAAAACACCCUAUUCAUUUAUGUAAUAUAGAUAUGUAUAUAUGUAGAUAUACAUUAUGUAUCUAUGUAUACCCGGUAUAAAUUUUCUAUGAUUAUGUCUUUGAUUUACUUGCCUGUCAUAAAGCAUGUUUUGUUGACACUAAUUUGCAUAUAUUUCCUGCGUCAUACAUUGAUUCCUGUAUAUAGCUAAACUGAUCUGUGCUAAUACUCUUUGUGUGGGAGAAUGGUGUGUGUGUGUUAUCUGUACUAUAAUAUGGGUGGGGUAUUGGAUUGCCUUGUACUGUUAUUAGAGUUGUGUCCCUUCGUUUGUGACCUUACCAAGGCCUUUUUUUCAUGGGAAACUGAAUUUUUGUUAGAUUUGUGAUUUUGUCUUCCUCAAAUUAUCAUUUGAGAUAAAAUAUUUGUGAUUUUAACUUCCAUGAAUUAUAAUUGAGAUAAAGAACUAUACACAAAAAAUGCAUUCCUUUACCUGGAGUAUAUACUUACAACGGUUUGUUUUAUAAUUUUAGGAAACCUACAACGUUUAAUUUUUUACUGUUGAUUCCUGUUUGAAUGACUACAAUGUUAGAUCUUGGUAUACAUUUUGUUGAAACUUUCUCUUGAUUUAAAUAACCAUGUUAUGUUAUAAAAUACAAUGUUACAGUUCUAUAGUUACUGUAGAACUCUUUUUGGAACUCUUUUUGAAAGGAGGUAUUCAACAAUAAGGUAGCAUACAGCCUUAACCAUCAUUUAUUUGUUGACAGUAACAUGUAACUGGUGUCUGUGAGAUAAUAUAUAUACAUGUAUGGUCAUUACGAAAUUGGAGAAGUUACCUGAAUUAUACAUUGUAGAAUCAGUUCUAAAUUCAGAGGAAGACUGAAAAAAAACAACUACCUUCAAUGUUGUUGAUUAAGUAUUAAAGAAAAUACCAUUUCUAACAAAGCAUCACCUAUAAAUGGCAUUACAUGAUGAAGUGCCUUGUUCUUUCUUGUCAUAUCUGUGAUUGAUUUACCUGUUCGCUUUGUUUUAAACUAAUUCUGUGACCAAUGAUUAUUAGAUUGUUCUAGUUUGUUUAGAUUUUUCACAAAUGUAAUUGGUUUAUGACAUUAAUUAACUAAUUUGUCGAAGAAAAUCAGAUGGAUGGCCUCAGAGUACUUUUAUACGGUAACCUUAAUUUAAUUUAUUUUCACAGAAAAAAACGGAUGUCAGGAAAUUCAGUUAAAGGCUGUGGAGGUUAUCUCUGUUAUUUAGAGAGAUUUAGUUUAAGUUAAUCAGCAUAGAAACAUUACUGAUUUGUUUUGGUAGCUUUUGGCGUACAUGUAGUUCAUAGUUGUCAGAAUGGAGAUAAAUUUGAAAGAUAUCAAAGUCUUUUAAUAUUUACUUUGAGAAAUAAAUAUUUAACAACAUGAGAUUCUUUGAUGAGAAAUAUACCAUUAACAGUUAUUAUGGUCAAUAUUCUACAUUCAGUUAUUGUAAACUGUUUAUCCUCCAACCUUGGGAGAUGAUACCUUGUCACCAGAAUCUUGUUUAUUUCAUUAUGAUGAUAUCAUAUUCAAAUGCCAUCAUUUCAUACCAAAUAACAUAAAUAAACAAUAUAACAGAUUUUGGUAAUUUUAAGAAUGAAUAAAAAUAAGUCUUUUUCUGUUCCAACUGUCAUACUUCAGAAAGUAGAUUAACAAAUCCAUCCUCAGAAUAAUAUGACUAAGAGAAUCAAGACUCACCCACAGGGUAGUCACUGUCACCCUUAGGGUAGUCACUGUCACCCACAGGGUAGUCACUGUCACCCACAGGGUAGUCCCUGUCACCCACAGGGUAGUCACUGUCACCCACAGGGUAGUCCCUGUCACCCACAGGGUAGUCACUGUCACCCACAGGGUAGUCGCACUAUCACCCACAGGGUAGUCACUGUAAUCCACAUGGUAGCCACUGUCACCCAUAGGAUAUUCACUGUCACCCAUAGGAUAGUCACUGUCACCCACAGGGUAGUCGCACUAUCACCCACAGGGUAGUCACUGUAAUCCACUUGGUAGCCACUGUCACCUACAGGGUAGUCACUGUCACCCAUAGGAUAGUCACUGUCACCUACAGGGUAGUCACUGUCACCUACAGUGUAGUCACUGUAUCCCACAGUGUAGUCACUGUCACCCACAUGGUAGUCACUGUCACCUACAGGGUAGUCACUGUCACCCAUAGGAUAGUCACUGUCACCCACAUGGUAGCCACUGUCACCUACAGGGUAGUCACACUAUCACCCACAGGGUAGUCACUGUAAUCCACAUGGUAGCCACUGUCACCCACAGGGUAGUCACUGUAUCCCACAUGGUAGUCACUGUCACCCACAGGGUAGUCACUGUCACCUACAGGGUAGUCACUGUCACCAACAGGGUAGUCACUGUCACCCACAGGGUAGUCACUGUCACCUACAGGGUAGUCACUGUAUCCCACAGGGAAGUCACUGUCACCAACAGGGUAGUCACUGUCACCCUCAGGGCAGUCACACUAUCACCCACAGUGCAGUCACACUAUCACCCACAGGGCAGUCACACUAUCACCCACUGGGUAGUCACUAUCACCCACAGGGCAGUCACAUUAUCACCCACUGGGUAGUCACACGAUCACCCACAGGGUAGUCACACCAUCACCCACAGGGUAGUCACUGUCACCCACAGGGUAGUCACACUAUCACCCACAGGGUAGUCCCUGUCACCCACAGGGUAGUCCCUGUCACCCACAGGGUAGUCACUGUCACCCACUGGGUAGUCACACUAUCACCCACAGGGUAGUCACACUAUCACCCACAGGGUAGUCACUGUCACCCACAGGGUAGUCCCUGUCACCCACAGGGUAGUCACACUAUCACCCACAGGGUAGUCACACUGUCACCCACUGGGUAGUCACUGUCACCCACAGGGCAGUCACAUUAUCACCCACUGGGUAGUCACUGUCACCCACUGGGUAGUCACUGUCACCCACAGGGCAGUCACAUUAUCACCCACUGGGUAGUCACACGAUCACCAACAGACCUGUUAUAUCCUGGUAUCUGUAUUUCUGAGGACGGACCUGUUAUAUCCUGGUAUCUGUAUUUCUGAGGACAGACCUGUUUCAUCCUGGUAUCUGUAUUUCUGAGGACGGACCUGUUAUAUCCAGGUAUCUGUAUUUCUGAGGACGGACCUGUUAUAUCCUGGUAUCUGUAUAUCUGAGGACGGACCUGUUAUAUCCUGGUAUCUGUAUUUCUGAGGACGGACCUGUUAUAUAAUCUGAUACAAUUUCUGUACUUGUCUUCUUGCAUUCCUGUUACAUCUUCGUACAAUGUCCAAAGGUUUUGUUUUUCUUUAACACUGUGAACAAUACCCCUGGAAUUGGGAAGUGGUUCCUACUUCAGCAUCACUCAGUCAAUCUAUGCAAUAGAAAUUUUAGCCCCCUUUAUAUCCAGUAUUACAUUAGAUGGCUUUAACCACUGAUGUAAUGAUUGGAAUAGUUUGAUAUGAUUUACUAUAAAAUAUUUAAAAUACUUUUGAGUUUGGUGAUAAACUUGUAUGUUAAAAGUUAAGAUUUGUUUAAUUUAAUAAGCUCACAACAUCAUUGUUUUGAUUUAUGCAAUGAUGAUAUCUGUUAAAUUGUUUUAAAGGUACUGAUGUUAUCAAUAUUUUGUUGGCCUUAUGACUUUGAAGGUCAUAGAAAAGGUCACACAGUAUGGGAUUUGAGCACAGAUCACAAAUAUGUAAUACAAGCUUACCUGAUUCAGUAAGGUAUCAUAUGUGACUCCUUUAUUAAGCAUAUUACCUUUAUAUUAUGUGUACUACAUUGUACUGAAGUAUGGGGAGAAGAAAGAGUGGAAACUUUCUUUUGUAUUCAUUUAAAAUAACAAUUUGCAAUAAAAUGUCAUUUAUAAUGAUA